UACAUCAGUUGAAAGCUUAUUUAUUCAAAUACCCUGGUUGUUUUGUGGUCCAGGGUCACAUAUCAGUUUUUUUUUUUUUUUUUUUUUUUUGUGUGUGUGUGUGUGUGUGUGUGUGUUGUAUUUGUCAUGUUUAUCUGUAUUUUAACCAUUAAGUGCACCUCUGUGUAGAAUAAAAUUGUGUAUGUUUAUAAAAACAAGUUUUGCUGUUUAUUUUUUUUUUUUCCCCAAAGAAACUUUGUCACACAGUUGUUGUGAAGUGUUCGUCUUUGCAAAAUGUACACACAAUGUUUUUCCUCAAAUGAUUAUUACUAAAUGCAAUUUAAAGCAAUAAAAUGCAUCAGUACCACUAUUGAAAAUUAUUUUUAGUUCAGAUUCUUGUCUAACAGUUCUGUCCAAUCACAUUACAAUAAUAUGACAUUAAAAAAGAAGAACAGUAUCUGCUGAUUCAAAUAUAGCUGGACAGACAUCAGCCAAUGAGUCUUCCAUGACACCUUUUAAGUUUAAAAAGUUUAAAGACCAAAGACUGCAUCAAACAUUGUGUAAAAGUGCUUACACAACACUGCUAAGGAAAAGGCUUGGCACACCACACUUUGCAAUCAUUUCCUGGCUAUAAGGGAUGCAAAAAUAGACGAGCUGAAUCACAUCUGUUGUAGCAGAGCAGCACUUCACAACCAGAAAUUCUGAGAGCUGAAAUGGAGAAAGUUGACUACAAUUACUCUGAGACCGACUGGUGGGAGGGGGAUGUAAACUCUACCCCUUUUGUGCUCCCCACUGAACCGCCACUGUCCAGGAUUGGUACCCGGCACUGGAUCGCUUUGGUCUGCUACCUCAUUGUGUUCCUGCUGGGUGUCCCCGGGAAUGCUCUGGUGGUGUGGGUGACCGCGUUCAGAAUGCCAAACUCUGUAAAUGCACAGUGGUUUCUGAAUCUGGCCAUCGCGGAUUUGCUGUGCUGCUUAUCAUUGCCUCUCCUCAUGGUGCCGCUCGCCCAGGACCAGCACUGGCCUUAUGGUGCUUUAGGUUGCAAAUUACUCAGUGGUUUGUUCUACAUGAUGAUGUACUGCAGUGUUCUGCUCCUGGUCGUGAUCAGCUUGGACCGUUUCCUACUGGUGACCAAACCGGUGUGGUGCCAGAACCACAGGAACACCAAGCAGGCCCGCUGCGUAUGUUUGGUCAUCUGGAUUCUCGCUCUCCUGGCCGGUUCUCCUCAGUUUGCUCACAUGGAGAUUCAUGAAAUGAGCAAGACUAAAAUAUUGUGCAAAGGCAGCUACAGUGACUUAGGUUAUGCAUGGACCGUAACUCUUACCCGCUUUUUUCUGUCUUUUCUGCUGCCUUUCCUGAUCAUCUGUAUCAGCCAUUGGAAGGUUUUCCUCACAACGAGCUCUGGACGAGGCAGCGACAAGUCGGCCCGGACGCUACGUGUCAUCCUGGCAUUGGUGCUCAGCUUCUUCCUGUGCUGGAUUCCUUUGAACAUCGUGGAUAUUCUGAUGUUAAUGACGCAAAAAACAUCAGAAAGCUUUAUAGCCAACCUGAAUCUAGCCCAUGUGCUGACGCUCUGCUUGGCUUACAUUAACAGCUGUCUGAACCCGCUGCUCUACGUAUGUCUUGGCCGCGGUUUUAAGCAAAAUCUAAUUAACUCUCUGCGGAGUGUGCUUCACUUCGCAUCCGAGGCACCGCCCCAUCGAAUCAGCAUGACUACAGUCAGUAAAUCAACCACAGAUGGGUUCAGAGAGAAGCCCUUAUGAAAUCUUUGCAUGGAGAUAUGGAUCAUAAUCUUUGUCUUCAAAUACCACUCUCUGAAAUCAUUUGUAGGUUUAAAUAAUAUUUUUUUCAUGAUUGCAGAAUGCUGCACAUCAAAGAUGUACAAACUUGUUCACCAAUAUUGUUCUAUUAUAUUAACAAUAAUCUUUUUAAACAUCCGUGACAUUCCCACACAAUUUUUGCAAACACCAAUUCAUAACCAGUUCCUGUCACAGCUAAGCAAAGACAGCAGUGCACACUUAGGUAUGUUUGCAUGCACUAAUUUUCACCAAUCAGAAUAAAUCUGAUUUGAUUUCAGAUUCUGGAAGUUGUGUUUAUAUGAACAUAUCUAUGUUAUAUAAGUAGCUAUGUCAGAAGAGAUAUAAUUAGUAAAUUAGUCAAAUUUGGAAAUUUCUCCUUCUCAUUCACUGAUCAGUAGUAAACACGCAUUAAGGUAGGGUGACCAUAUUUAAGUUCUUUCAAAAAGAGGACAGUGGGUGCGGGUGGAGCUGGGGUGUGGUUGGCUGGUGGUUAAAGUAGUGCCCAAAGUAGUACAAUGACCACAUUCCAAAUAUCAAAACAAAAAUAUGCCAUUUCCAAACCUAAAAUACUGUACAUAUUUUUCAGUCACUGUUAUGCAUAUUGAUCAUAAACACAGCUAAAAAGCUUCCUACCAGUGGCCAUCCUUCACAAAACUUAACAGCACAGUUUUUUUCAUAGGUAGAAUGCAAAUUUUUUCAAUACAAGUAUUUCAGUCAAAUGCAGGGGCAUAAAUUUCGUGUAACAGUUGGGGGGUGGGGGGGGGGCACAAAUAAUACAGCUAAAAUUGUACUUGUAAGGAUAUGUAUACACAGAGAAAAGCCGUACUACUAAUAGUGCUGCAGAGAGGCCGUGCCAAAUAAGACAACGUCAAGCUGUUGUGGUCACGCUGUGACAGCUCUCGUGUCCGUUGUUGACAUUACUAUCCAUCACAGUGUUUCCAAGUCCGUGGUUUUCCCAUAGAAUUGGGCUGCUUUAUCACUGUUGCCGCAGGCUGUUUUUCAUGUUUGUUGAAACGACCCCAAUAAAGUGUAUUUUGUAUUAUGUGUAUAUUCGCAAGGCAACUCUUUUAAUGUUUUUAUAUAUAUUAGUGUGAGAAGCUGAACUUGCCAGGCGUCUUUGUCCUUCUUGGUUGUAAAUGCCUGUUGCUCAUGAGCUUGACAAACCAGUAGUAAAUCAUUAUUAUGGACACAUAAUAAAUACUGCAUUAUACUGGAUAUUCUUAUCUUAACAAAAAGUUGGGGUACUUAUGGCAAUAAAUAAAUAAAUAAAUAAUAAAAAAAAUAAAAAAAUUAAGAGUGCUUCUGAAAACCUUUGUCUUCAUUUUAUUUCAAAGCCAAGAUGUUUUCUGGAUAUGGGUUAGCAACCUUUCUCACUGCACUACAAGGCAGUCAAAGUCGAGUAAUGAACAGAAUUCAUAUGCCUUAUAUCCUCUGCUGCUUUUACAAUGUGUAUUAUAACUAUCAUAAGUUUGUGUUACUGUAUCAUUUGUAUCUCACUGCUUAUCUGACACUUUUUUAGCCAUUUGUAUAAUUAAUAUGAGUCUGUAUGCAUACUGAUAAAAUAAAAUAAAGAUACAAAGGUUUAAACACC